CAGAAAACACAACAUGUUUCGCCUUUCCUUUCCUUAUUAGAAAAAUAAAUCUCCGUUAAAUCUCUCUGUCUCUCACUUUCUUUCUCUCUCUGUUUGUCAAUGUCAAACGGAGAUGACUGUUAACCGUAACGGAAUGCAAUGACAGAAGUUUGCCGAAAAAUGUCCAACGACAAUGAAGACGAUUCGGCGGCGAAAUGCAGGGAGCGCCGAAGAAGGAGAAUCGAGAUGAGGCGUCUUGCCGCUAUCUCAACCACUCGUGGUUCUCCUCAGCCGACUUACACAAAAGGUUCAAAAGAGAGGAGCCAGGCGACGGGGGAGGGGAGCUCGAGUUCAACCGCUGAGGGAAAGCGGGUUGUUGAGACUGUGAGUGAAAUUCAGACGGUGGAGCCGGUGUUUGGGAGCAUGUCAGUGUCAGGGAGGUCAAGUGAGAUGGAAGAUGCGAUUUCUGUUCGUACUAGCUUUUGCCUGCCGGGGAUUAACCGCCGAAGGCCGUUGCAUUUGUUUGGUGUUUAUGACGGUCAUGGCGGUUAUCACGUGGCAGCGUUAUGCAGGCAAAAGAUGCACGUGUUAAUAGAGGAAGAAUUGGAACGCGUGGAAUCAAAGUGCGUGAGUGGUGAGGGUGGGGAAUUUGGGGCGGAAUGGGAGGAAAUGUGGAGGGGAGUGAUGAAGAGAAGCUACGAGAGAAUGGAUGAGGUGGCAAUGAGUACGUGCGCAUGUGGGAGUGAGGGUUUCCAAUGCGAGUGCCACCCUACCCAGAUGAUACUUGGUGGCUCCACAGCGGUGGUGGCUGUGUUAACCCCGGAGCAUAUAAUUGUUGCUAAUUGCGGUGACUCACGCGCCGUGCUUUCACGAGGUGGAAGGGCCAUUCCCCUUAGUGUUGAUCAUAAGCCGGAUAGGCAAGAUGAACUUGCAAGAAUUGAAGCUGCUGGAGGUCGAGUGAUCUACCUGGAUGGAGCUCGAGUUGAAGGCAUUCUCGCUAUGUCUCGAGCAAUAGGGGACGAGUAUUUAAAGCCAUUUGUGAUACCGGCGCCUGAUAUUACUUUUACAAAAAGAGAAUCAGAAGAUGACUGCUUGCUCCUUGCAAGUGAUGGCUUAUGGGAUGUUUUGUCUGGUGACUUGGCUUGUAAGGUAGCUCGGCAGUGCCUCCGAGAAGAAAAUCAUCCUGUCAAUGCUGGCCCUCCGAUCAAAGAUGAAGGAGCUGGAUCUCUAUAUCCUUCUCGAAGCAUGUUGGCCGCUGCACUUCUUACUCGCCUUGCUUUAGGACGGAGAAGCUGUGAUAACAUCAGUGUUAUUGUUGUUGAUCUCAAAAGUAACUGAGGUUCAGCUUUCUCUGUGAAGUUCAACAUCUUUUGAUUCUGUUCUUCCGCGGGGGCCUCAAGGCUGCCUCCUCCUGUCCUGGUAUGAGCUCACGACACCCAUCUCUUGCUGAAGUGACAGUGUGGCUGUGGCCAUUUCCACCUGCAUAACUACCAUUUCUUGAGAUCUGCAUGUCCUUUUGGAGGCUAGAGUCGUUCAUCUUUUAUUUAUUUUGUUGGUGCUCCUUCCAACUUCCAACUAACGCAAAUUG